AUGAUCGUUGAAGGUUGCGACGUUCCGUUGUGCGAUACGAUCCGCCCGGAGAAUGAGGAGAACUGCUUCCCAUACUCCUUCAAGGAGAAGAAGAAAGAGCUCCUGCCUAAGGGCUGGCAAAAAACCCUUCGUAGCCGACCUCUUCCUUGCGAGCUCAUAUACGAGGUUAAUGAAGAGAUGAGACACUCGGAUGGCGUCAAGAUUUACUACGAUAUCUGUCGCCCGAACACGGUGGAGAAGGUUCCUGCUCUUCUUGCCCUGAGUCCUUACGGCAAAGGAGGUAACGGGUCUCUCAACUACGAGCUCUUACCGUACAGAGUCGGGGUACAAGAAGAGAUGCUUUCGGGCCUGGAAAAGUUUGAGUCCGUUGACCCGGCGGAGUGGGUUUCUCGAGGUUACGCUGUUGUUAAUGUCGACAUCCGUGGAUCUUGGGAUUCUGAGGGAGACCUAUAUAUUGAGGGAAUGGCGCCUGGACGGGACGCUGCUGAGAUUGUUGAGCAUGUUGCCGCCCUGUCUUGGUGCUCUGGCUCUAUCGGCAUGCAGGGCAACUCGUGGCUCGCGGCAGUGCAAUGGAGCACUGCGGUGGUGGCGCCCCCCGCCCUUAAAGCUAUCGCACCGUGGGAGGGCUUCACGGAUAAGUACCGCGAAGUCGCCUGUAGAGGCGGUAUCGCUGACGCGACGUUCCUCAACCUGGUAUAUAACGGGACGAUUCGCGGCCGAAGUAAGCGAGAAGACAUCUUCGCAGCAGCCCAGAAGUGGCCUUUAAUAAACCCCUACUGGGAGGACAAGGUGAUCAAGACGGAGAAGAUCACAAUUCCUAUCUAUGCUGUUACUAGCUAUAGCUCGGGAAUCCACGGUUAUGGCACAAUCCAGGGCUUCCGGAAAGCUAAAAGUAAGAAGAAGUGGCUACGGAUUCAUGCUACCCAGGAGUGGUUUGAUAUUUAUCGAAAGGAUAUGAACGAUGAGCUGCAAGCCUUCUUCGAUCGAUAUCUCAAGGGGGUCGAGAACGAUUGGGAAAAGACGGACCCCGUUCGCGUAUCUAUCUUGACUUGCGGAGAUCGUUUUGGACCGCAACCUAUUGAACAUUUCCCCAUGGGAAGUUAUCCACACGCAAAGACUGAGUAUAAGAAGCUCCACUUAACAAAGGAUAACCUAUCUCUCUACCACCCUUCAGCACGCGGUGUCACGUCGUACCAGUCGGACGAUCGCAGCUCUGCAGUACAGCUUGUCUAUACCUUCAAAACUGCGACCACUUUGAUGGGAUUCUCCAAAGCCAAGCUGUGGCUUUCCUGUGAUGACACAGACGAUAUGGACAUCUAUCUCAGUCUGAGAAAGGUCAUCAGCACUAAUGUCAUUAAGAGCACCGGAUCUCACGGCCUACUUCGCGUGUCUCACCGAGCCGUGGAUCGGUCGAAGCAGGAUUCCAUUAUGCCCUACCACCCUCACGAGAAGAUUGAAAAAGUCCAGCCGGGUGAGAUCGUUCCCGUCGAGAUUGGAAUCUGGCCGAUUGGGCUCAAGCUGUACGAGGGGGAGGGGCUCAUGCUACGCGUGCGCGGGAGCAAGGAUGCGUACUGGGAGAUUCCAAACCUCCAGAAGAGCACUAUCUUUGGCAUAAAUAAGGGGAAGCACCACAUUCAUUUUGGAGGAAUGUAUGACUCGUAUGUUGCUGUGCCGUUCAUUCCGAACGUUUGA